UAUAUAUUAGUCUACUUGUGCACUGUUUCCUUACCAAAUAUUAUUUCACUCCUCUCUCUGUAUCUGCUCUAUAUUAUUGACAAUCCAGGCUUAACAUUUUAGGGAAUUUUUGUCAGAAAAAACAAAAUGGGGUUCCAGCCACAAGAAAAGACAAAGCCAAAACAUAGGAAAGGUUUAUGGUCACCUGAAGAAGACCAUAAACUCAGAAACUACAUUCUUAAACAUGGUCAUGGAUGCUGGAGCUCUGUUCCAAUCAAAGCAGGUUUGCAAAGGAAUGGAAAGAGCUGUAGACUAAGGUGGAUUAACUAUUUAAGGCCAGGGUUAAAGAGAGGGAAGUUCAGCAAACAAGAGGAGGAGACCAUCCUUACUCUUCACCACAUGUUAGGAAACAAGUGGUCGCAAAUAGCUCAACAUUUAUCUGGACGAACCGAUAAUGAAAUAAAAAACUAUUGGCAUUCAUAUUUGAAAAAGAGAGUGGCCAAAGCUAAGGAAAUUGAAACUCAUAAACAAAUUCAUUAUGCUAGCUCAAGCUCAGACACCGUGCACUCUGCACCCUCUCUUCAAAAACUUGCAACUCAAGAUCCACAAAAUUAUAACAUCACCAAAGAGACUCAUCAAAGCUCAUUACCAAAAUUGUUGUUUGCUGAAUGGCUUUCGUUGGAUCAUGUACAUGCUAGGAAUACAAAUUCAAUUGACUCUAUGGUCAUAAGAAAUGGAUAUGAUCAAAAUUCAGGUUUUCAAGAAGGUGCAAUGCAUGAUGUGUCACAAGGACCAUUCAAUAGAGAAUAUCAUAGUAUUGUGACUAACAUUUCAGCUUCUGAGAUGUUCAAUUCACAGCUUAAAUUUGCAAACCAAAUGGUGGGAAAUGGAUUCAUUCAUUGCAUGCCUGAGGUUGAUUUCAGUAGCAAUUUCAACUUGAGCAAUGAUGCAAUGUAUACAUGAGGGCUUAAACAAGGAAGAAUAACUUUUGAUAACAUACUCCUCCUUAUAAAACUGUACUUCCAUGAGGCAAAUGUAUUCAAUAUAUAUACUCCUCCUUAUAUUUUAUUUUUUGACAAAA